CAGUCCAAUAUGACAGACCGCUACAACAUUCACAGCCAGCUGGAGCAUCUGCAGUCGAAGUACAUCGGGACUGGCCACGCCGACACCAGCAAGUGGGAAUGGUUGGUGAACCAACACCGGGACUCGUACUGUUCAUACAUGGGCCAUUUCGAUUUGCUGAACUACUUCUCCAUAGCCGAAAACGAAAGCAAAGCCCGUGUACGCUUUAACCUCAUGGAGAAGAUGCUUCAGCCCUGUGGCCCUCCAGCAGACAAGCCAGAUGAUGCAUAAUCUGAACUGUAGGAUUGGAGAGAGUAUUUUGUGAUUUAGUCAGUGCUAGUGGCCUUCCAAGGAUGGACACACAGGCCACUUUUUUCUUUUUUUUUUUUUUUACUUUAAUAAAUUCUCAGAGCCAUUCAUAGAACACACUAAUCAAAAUAUCACCAAUUCAAUUUUGAGUAUGGAAAAAAACAAUUUUUGGAAAUUGAACCUUUGUACAGUGGUGAUUUUCUGUGACCUUUUGAAUUUUAGCAUCAUGGUGUUUUGAAGUUGGCUCCUGAAAGUGAAUGGAAGCGUUAAUAUAAUAAAAAUGCUGUGUUGAGCAUAGACAAAGUAUUUGUGAUACAAUUUACUGUGACCAAAUAAGGGCUUUCGAUGUGGGGAGACACGUGGCUGUGAAUGAACUCUGCCUAGUUUAAUUUUCCUGUUGAAACAUUACACUGAUGCCUUUAUGGGAGAAAUGAACAUACUUUCAUCUAAGGUCCAGCUGCACUGAAUAUUUAAACAUGAGAGGUUUGGGGCAAUGGCAUUUAACAUUGCAGUCUUGUGAUCUUAGCCAAAAUCUUUUUUAGUAUGUACAUUUAACCACACACUCCCUGUACAGGAGUUUUAUCAAAUUUCUCAUAUUGUAUAACUUGAAUGAUUUUGUCGCUCAUUUUUAACGAAUGUCAUGUUUUCAGUCAUGUUUGUGCACGUCUUAUCACGUCAGGAUUAUACAGUUCCAAGUACUGUGAUUAUUUCCUGCAAACUCUUGUAUCGAACAUUCCCCUCACUAGUUUUCCAGUGCAUGCUGUA